AUGGAAUCAUCAAGUGAUCUUCGUUCAAUGAUUGAACAAACAUUAACAAUGAUAAUAACACCAGAUCAACAAUUAAUUGAAAAAGGUCAAACACAACUACAAGCAUUAGAAUUACUUGAUAUAUAUGCACUUGCAUUAACAGAAAUAACUAUUGAUACUAAACGUGAUAUUAGCGUACGACAAUUAGCUGGUGUUUUACUGCGAAAAUAUGUUAGCAAACAUUGGACAAAAGAUAUUGAAAAUUUUAUUGAACCUGAAGUGCCUGAACAAGUAAAAAGUCAGAUACGUCAUAUUCUCCCUCAUGGUUUAAAUGAACCUAAUCAUCGCCUUCGUGUGGGUCUUGCUUGUGUUAUAUCAGCAGUAGCCGAAUGGGAUUGUCCUGAAUCAUGGCCUGAAUUAUUACCAUUUUUAAUUGAAUCAUUAAAAUCAACAAAUAAAUCUUUAAUUCAUGGUUCAAUACGUGUAUUAACUGAAAUUGUUCGUGAUCUUGAUGAUCGUCAAUUACCAUAUGUACUUCCAUUACUUUUACCUGAAAUGUAUCGUUUAAUGGUAUCAAAUGAAUUUAAUUUACGUAUUCGUACACGUGCUAUUGGAGUAUUUACAUUACUUGUUUCACUUGUCCAUGAUAUAAAUGAACAUGAUAGAAUAUUAUCUGUUGGUUAUAUAUUACCAUAUUUAUCACAUUAUUGUGAAGCAUUUAAACGUUUUCUUAUUGCACCUGAUUCAUCAUUAAUGACAGAUACAGGUUGUCGAAUAGAAACAAUACGUGCAUUAACAUUAUUAUUUAAAAGUUUUCCAAAAUUAAUGCAACAAAAUGCAGCAGAAUUAUUACAAUCUGUAUGGACAUGUUUAACAUCGAAUACAGAAAAUUAUGUUGCUACUGUUGUAUAUAAACAUGGAGAAAUGGAUGCAUCAGUUGAUUCAGAUGGUGAAACAUUAAGUUUUGAAUGUUUAAUUUAUAGUUUAUUUGAAUUUGUUCAAGUAUUAAUGGAUUUAUCAAUGUAUAAAAAUUCUGUUAAAUCAUCUAUGGAAGAAUUAUGUUAUUAUUUAAUAUUAUGUAUGCAAAUAACAGAAGAAGAAUUUGAUUCUUGGUCAAAAAAUGUUUCACGUUAUGUUGAAGAUGAAAGUGAUGAUUCAUUUUCACAUUCUGUUAGAUUAUCUGCUUUAGAAUUACUUAUGUCAAUAACAAGUGAAUUCAAAAAAGAAGCAGGAAUUGGUCUAUGGAAAGCUGUACAUCGUCAUCUAUCUCAUGCCGAAGCAUUAAAGGCUCAUAAUUCAUCCCGAUGGUGGAAACUACAUGAAGCUUGUCUCUUAGCUAUGGGUCGAUGUAAACAAUUAUUAAAUGAUAUGAUAGUUACUGGUUAUGUUAAAAUUGAUCUUGAGGCUUUUAUCCGACAAGUACCAUUAGCUGAUUUAUCUCAAUUUGAUUAUCCAUAUCUUGUAUGUCAAGCCGCAUUAUUUGCUGGACGUUUUUCACGUUUAUUAAGUAUAGACGUAAAUCGAAUAUUUUUAGACGGAAUUUGCCAAUUACUAGAACAUGCCCAACAUCCAAUUAUCAAUUUAUCAUCGUUAAGAGCAUUUUAUUACUACUGUGAAGAAGUUGGUGUUGAUCAAACAAAUGAUGUUAUUAAUUAUCUUCCACGUAUUUUCGAAGGUAUACUUGCUACAAUGAGUCGUAUACCACAAUCAGCAUAUAUAUGGCCAUUAGAAUCAUUAGCUAUAUUAAUUAGUGUUGAUGAAAAUUUUGUAUCAACGAUUGAAAAUCGUUUAUCACCAUUGGCUAUUGAACUUUUUGUUAAUUAUGUACAAGAUCCAUUAAUUAAUGGUGAAACAACAGCUAUAAUAAAAGGUCUUGUUCAUAAUAGUAAAGUAUCACAUUUAAUUCAAGAACGACUUAUACCAUUAGUUCAAUCAAUAGUUGAUAAUAAUUCUGUAGCAUCAACAUUACCACGUAUAGCAUCAAGUCUUGCAUUUUCAGUUCUUGAUCUUUUAACAACUGUUCUUCGUUCAUUAAAUCCUCCAAUAAAUUCAAAUUUAUUAAAUCAAACAUUUCCUGUUGUUAUACAUUUACUUUUAACAAGUGAUGAUCAACAAAUAUUAAUAAAUGGUGGUGAAUGUUUAUGUGCAUUUUUAUCAUGUGUAUCAACUGAUUUAUUUUCAUGGAACGAUCCAAAAACAAAUAUAUCUAGUAUUGAAUAUAUUUUACAAGUACUUGCAAAAUUUCUUGAUCCAAAAACACCGGAAAAUUGUUGUACUUUCAUUGGAAAAUUAAUUCGAGGUUUUAUUAGAGAAAUUAAUAAAACAAAUCAACCAAGUUUACUUGGAGAUACAUUAGGACAAAUACUUAAAGCUGUAUUAGCUAAACUUCAAAGUAAGAAUAAUGAAAUAGAAAAAUUGGUUUGA